CGGGAUAGAAUUGGUCGCCCGGGCUUGCGCUGGACUCCAGUUGUGCGCGCGCGCUCUCUGCCUCGUGGGGAGAUCGACGUCCUUCUCGCAACUCUCAGCGAGCCGAGCGGGCUCCGUCUCUCUCGCCCGAUCCGUUCCUGCUUCUCCCAGCGUCCGGCGAUGGCGUCAGCGAUGGCGGCCACGGCUUCGACUUGCUUUUCGUCCGUCGCCGCGCCGGCUUCUCAGUCUCAGGCGACGGUGUGCUCGCGCAGGUACCUGCGUUGCGCCGGGCUUGCGCCCUUGCGCAUGUACUCCCGCAGCAGCAGCGUUAGCUCCCCUGAGACUUACUUGUUCUCCGCGCCCGCCAGGCGCGAGAAGCUGGCGCCUUGCGCGUCUCUGAACCAGCACCACCUUGAGACGGAGGAGGAAUCCUCCCUCCUCUCUCCUUCUUCCCCCUCGCUGGCCGAUUGGCUGGCCGACGAGCAUGUGCAAGGCAUGGUAGGAACGACGGUGGCGGCGACGCUCUUCGGACUGCUGGCGGAAGCUGGCUCCGCCCAAGCCGCGCAGGAGGUGAUGCAGCUUGCUGCGGCUGACAACCGCGGGUUUCUUCUCCUGAUCGCUGUCCUCCCGGCUCUCGGCUGGGUCGCGUUCAACAUCCUAAAGCCGGCAUUGAAUCAGCUCGACAAGAUGACCGGAGCGAAGGCUGUGAUUGGAGCUUUGGGAUUGGGCGCGGCGGCGGGGGGUCUUUUGUCCGCGCCUGCGGCGGCGGACGCUGCGGAGGAGUUUGCCCGCCUGGCCGAGGCCGCGGGCGGCGACUCGCGCGCAGCUGCGCUCCUUCUCCCGCUCAUCCCCGCGGUUGGCUGGGUUGUGUUCAACAUCCUCCGCCCCGGUCUUAACCAGCUGGACAAGAUGCGCGGCUCCAAGGGAGCUCUGGUCGGCGCGCUCGGCCUGGGCGCCGCCGCCUCCUCCUUCUUGGCCGCCGCCCCCAACGCCGAUGCCGCGCAGGACAUGGCACAGAUUGCCGCCGCCGCCGCCGCGGACAACCGCCCCCUGCUGGUCCUCUUUGUCGUCGCCCCUGCUCUUGGCUGGGUGGUGUUCAACAUCCUUAAGCCGGGCCUCAAUCAGCUGGACAGGAUGGCCUCCGGCGGGAAGGCCGUCGUCGGCGCCGUUGGAUUGGGUGCAGCAACCUCGGCCUUGUUCGCUGCACCUCAGGCGGCAGAUGCCGCACAGGAGGUCGCUCAACUGGCCGCCGACAACCGUCCGGUCCUCCUCGUCUUGCCCGUCGCUGCUGCCCUCGGAUGGGUGCUGUUCAACAUUCUGCAGCCUGCAUUGAACCAGCUGGACAAGCAAUUGGGGAAAACCUCCUCCCCUUCCUCCAGAAAGAAGAAGUGAGCCUCACCCUUCGCCCGUAUUCAGUCAGCCGUUCCUUCUAUCAAGUCAUGUCUACCAGUCAAUCAGUCAGUCGGUCAGUGAUUCGAGUGAGUUGUGUGAAUGGAGGGGGGGGUCAGGCCGGGGAGCGGAGGGGAGGGCGGGGCGGGCGGGGGAGCGGAAUGACGGGCGGGGGAAGGGAAAGCGGCGGGCAGAACGGGGACGAAAGGGAAGCGAGAAAGCGACCAUGGCUCAACGGUGGGUCUCACUCCUCUCUCUGACGGCCCUAGUAAAUGACAGCCUGCAUGGUUUGCCGCGAUCCCCCCCCGGAGAUGAUGCAAGCGGGGCGCACACAGGAAGGGGGAAAAAGACAAAGGAAUCCAUCAAAGGAGCUAACUUGGCCGACGGGAACAAGCGAUUGGGCGAGCAGGAGCAGGAGCAGGAGCAGGAGCAGGAGCAGGAUCAGGAGGGAGGUCGAGCGUGCUUCGCUCCGCUGAGAAGCUUUGUGAUGACUGGUUGAUUCCUUAUGUCUCCCUCUCUUUCCUUCCUACGACCAUUCGAGAAACGUUGACGGAGGCAUCGAAUAAUGAGCAGCAGGGGGCGACUGCCACUUUUUUCGCUAAGUUGUGUGCGAGCUGAGAGGGGGUGGACGAUGCAAGAAGAGGGGUACGGAGAACGCCGGGACUCACUUCUCUUGAGAGGUUCGUCAGCGGAGGGUUGAUGCAAAGGUGUGACAGUGGAGGAUAUGGCAGGCAUGACAGGGAGCGUAGACGAUGAGCAACGAAUGUAGAGUUGAUGUGAAGUAGAGGACAGGAGAAGCCCUUCGUUAAUACGGCGCCCCUUCCGCCCCCCUCCCCCUCCCCCUCCCCCUCCCCCUCUACCCGCCAUCGCACUGUGAAGAGAAGAGGACCGCAGGCAAAUGACAAAAUGGUAUCAUGGUAGAAAGAGCUGGACCUCAAUUUUCUGCUGAUAAUGGAGGAGGGGAGGAGGGGGGUGGGGGGUUCGUAAAAAGCUAGUGGUGUUGGCGGCGGUUAAUCCUAGGCUUGCCUUUUCCUCUCUUCUCCAGUCCACACAUUUGUUUGGUAGGACGGGAGUUGUCGUCAACACAUGCGACCGCGCUGAAAGUGACUGGCUGCUUGAAGAUGCAAAGCUUCUUUCCCCGCCCAAAAAAUGAGAAAAAAAAGAAGCUGAGCUUCAUCAUCACAUCCUACGCCGUUUGCCUAUCCCGUUUGCACAAUGUGCUUGUGCUUCAAGUUGUCCUUUUCUGUCCCUCAAGAUCGUAAUAACUUUCUCUUUUCGUUAAAACUUCUCUUGUUUAAUAUAUAAUAAUUCAUUUACUAAUUUUUAUUUAUUUAUUGCUUCUCUCUCAUGCCCCCCCUCACCCGCCGUCUCUGUCUGCUCCUACACUCUCUCGUUACUUGUUGGUCGCGAACUCUCUCUCUCUCUCUCUCUCUCUCUCUCUCUCUCUCUCUCUCUCUCUCUCUCUCUCUCUCUCUCUCUCUCUCUCUCUCUCACACUCCUUUUCCUAUCUUUUGCUGUCCUUGAUUGCUAGAGACUCCUCAAUUAUCAUCGGUCCAUCCAUGCUCCUUUUUUUUUCUUUUUUUUUUUUGAAGAAGAAAACAGCUUCAGGGUCCUAUCCCCCAGGAGGUGAUACGAGCAGCCUCCGGGGGGUGAGGUCCCAUGUAACUAGUGGGAGCGUCAACUGGUGGAAAACGGGUCCACGGUCCCAGAUUUGUACAUACUUUAAUAGCUGCUGCUCCUCGUAGCUGAUCAACGGGUAUCUCUCUCUGAAUGUGGUCCCCACUCCGUCCACAUUCCUUUCCACAUUCCUUUCCAGGUCGUUUGUCCCACUGCUCUCAGAACGUGAAACUGUGGCCUGUUUUCCGACGCCCGGAGAUUGCCAGGUCAUGACACGUGGAGUUGUAGAGUGAAUUUGUGGGAAUAUCGAGAGCACGCUUCCUCCCUUCCAUCUGUUCACGAUCAUGGGGGUCG